UUUUCAUAAAGUUUCCAGUGAUGGUAUGAUGAUAAACAAAGUUUCUGGUGUUGAUAUACGUAAAUGCCUGUUACUUUUUUAUUAUAAAUAAUGGCAUCCGUUAACCUUUUUAAAAAAGCAACUACAAAAUUUCCGUCCUCUUUUUUAAAUGAAGCUAGGUUAUCUUUUGUCUCUUCGUCAUUAUUACCAUUCAAUUUUCAUUCAGUUUUAAACGCUAAAAUAAUACGCCGUUCAUUGAGUCAGCUGCCUCUGAAGAAAACAUGUUUAUACGAUUUUCAUGUUGCCAAGGGAGGUAAAAUGGUGCCCUUUGCUGGGUUUGAAAUGCCAGUGCAGUAUGGCAACCACAGCAUAUCUGCAUCUCACGUUCAUACACGAGAACAUGUUAGUUUAUUUGAUGUGUCACAUAUGCUACAAACAAAGCUUUUUGGAAAAGAUAGAGAGAAAUUUAUGGAAAGUUUAGUUGUUGGUGAUAUUCAAGGCCUAGGUGACAAUCAAGGGACCCUAACACUGUAUACAAAUGACAAUGGAGGCAUUAUCGAUGACCUAAUCGUAACUAAGACUGAGCAAGGAUAUCUGUAUGUGGUAUCAAAUGCUGGAUGUAUUGACAAGGAUUUGGCUCAUGUUCAAUCGAAGCUGACAAAGUUUCAGAAACAAGGAGGAGAUGUUCAGCUGGAAGUUCUUACUGAUCGAGGUUUAGUUGCUGUUCAGGGACCAGGUAUGAUGCAAACAAUGCAGCCACUGGUGGACUGUGAUCUUUCACAACUAACUUUUAUGACCUCUACCAUAACCAAAGUUUGUAAUGUUUCUGAUUGCAGAGUGACACGUUGUGGUUACACUGGAGAAGAUGGUGUUGAGAUUUCUGUUCCUGCUAGUAAAGCAGUAGAUAUUGUCAAAGAAAUCCUUGCUUCAAAGGAAGAUGAUGUGAAGUUAGCUGGGUUAGGUGCGAGAGAUACAUUGCGGUUAGAAGCAGGACUUUGUCUCUAUGGAAAUGAUAUUGAUGAGAAUACAACUCCUAUUGAAGCAGGAUUAGCUUGGACCAUAGGGAAACGGCGUAGAGAAACUGUAGAUUUUCCUGGUGCAUCUAUUAUUUUGAAGCAGCUAAAAGAUAAACCUCUGAAGCGAAGAGUUGGUCUUGUUUCGUCCGGUGCUCCUGCAAGAGGCCAUACUCCAGUACUAGAUCAGAAUGGGAACCAGAUAGGUGAGGUUACUAGUGGUGGACCCUCCCCAUGCCUCAAGAAGAACAUUGCCAUGGCAUAUGUACUGAGUGAAUAUGCAAAACUUGGAACCAAGCUGCAGUGUGAAGUAAGAAAGAAACAGAUACCAGCUGAAGUGGUUAAGAUGCCAUUUGUGCCUGCUAAAUAUUUUACUAAGAAGUGAAUUGUUACAUCUGAAUGAAUAGUUCUUUUUUGUUUUAUUAUAAAAAACUUAGCUAAAUAUAUUGAGUUAUAUUUUCAGCAGCUAGCUUGUAAAAUCUACUUAUUGAGCUGCCAUAUAUCUUAUUUAGAAGUUUGUUCUUUAACUUGUCAAAAAUGUUAAAGUUUAAAGUCAUUUGUGUGUUUAUAUUUUGUCAUUUUUUGCCGUUGUAGUACAAAUAUAUUAAUAUCUAAUACUUUGAUCUCUCUCUCUAUUAAUGUGUGGUAUAGAAAAUGUGUGAACUUGAAAAAAUAGUCCUGCAUCUUCAAGAAGAACUUUGUUGAGAAAUUUGAGUAACAAGAGUGUGUGUGUGUGUGUGUGAAUAAAUAUUAUUUUUUCCAUAAUGACUCUAAAUGCUGUGUGUAUAAUAUACUACAUUGCCUGCAUCUGUGAGGCCAGCAUAACCAAGUCUUACCAUGGUUACACAUAACUUGAUAAAUUGUAUUUUCUUACAUUACUUCUAAUAGUAAUAAUUGUAAACUAUAAAUGUUACUUUAUUAAAAUAAUUUCUGUUCAAUAAUGUAUUGAAAGAUGAAUUUAUAAGCUUGUUGAAGCAGUUCAUGAAAUAGUAUUGUGCAGUGUUUUCUGAUCACUAAAUAAAAUACCAAAGACUUUACUAUUAUUUGACAUAUUUUCUGCAUUUACAACAGAAUUUGUAGACACCGGACAAAAAUUAUGUUAUGAAAUAGUA